AUGGAAGAGGGCCAUGCCAUGGAGGAUGAUGUGAAUGAAAUCAACACAACUCUACUAGGGUUGCAACAGGCCUUCGCGGCUGCCAUGCGGGAGUCGGGUGUGAUGGGCAAAAUGCGGGCGCAGCUGCGAGCAGCUGCCAUUGGCGUAAUACGAGCGGAUCCUUGUUUACGCGAUUCCGCCUUGGGAACGGUGUUGCAGCCGGCAGAGUUGCCGUUAGAGGGCCGUGUAGCGUUGCUGUUGAUUGAAGACUUUUUGCGAACGCAUGGAUUGAAAUUAGCGGGCGGUGUGUUUGAAGAAGAGUGCAACAUUAGCAUGGUGGGGGAGGCUGAGCGCCAUAUAGUGGAGCAGCAACGACAGUAUCAACCGAGCCAAGGAACUCCUCGCAGCUCUUUACUGGAGUCACUGUUGGCGAGGGUAAUAGAUCCGCGCGAGUGUCAGCAGCUGCAGCAACAAAAAACGGGUGCAGCUCCCGUCGCACAUGCAUUACCUCAUUUAGGACAAUCCGUGGCCCCUUCACCUGCGGCAGCGACUUCCACGACGCACACCGUCAAACGUGAGCGAAGGAGGCCAGCUGCAGAGCUUUCUGUGCCUCUCGAAGUACAGGGGCGCUCAGAGAUUACCGCGUGGUUAAAAGAAUACGAAGAUUCUGUGGAUUUUAGUGACUCAUCACUCGAGGACAUGCCUUGUGUGGAUGAACAAAUAUUCGACGCCGUGAUUCAUUUGUAA